GCGAGGGUUGAUCUAGGGUGGGUUUUCUGGCUCUUCUCUAGCAGAGCAGCUAUGGCGUUCACACUGCAGGAGCAGUUUGAUGCUUACGUCGAUUUGAUGGUGGGGGUGAAGGACCAUGAGGAGAUGAUGAUGAAGGACGACGAGGCCGCGGAGAGAAGGAAUAAAGGUCUCGCCCCUAAGAAGAAGAAGAAGAGCGCCAAGAAGGCGGCGGAUUUGGAGUGGGCGAGGAAGAGUUUGGAAGCAGAGAGGGCCAAGGUCGGGGGCAGCAUCAGGCCCGAGACGACGACCAAGGAAGAGAAGGCGAAAGUCAAUCUAGGGUUUUCUCGCGUUAGCAGAGAGGGGAUGGCGUUGACGCAGGAGCAGCUGGAUGCUUGCAUCGAUUUGAUAUUCGAGGAGAGGGAUGAGGUGGCGACCAAGGGCGAUGAAGCGGCGGAGGAGGCGGAGAGAAGGAAGAGAGGUCUCGCCCCCAAAACGGAGAAGGCGGCGGCGGCGGCGGGAGUAAGUACGAAGAAGGCGGCGGCUUUGGAGUGGGCGAGGAAGAUGUUGGAAGAUGAGAGUGUCAAUGACGGAAAAUGUUGGGAGCCGAGGGCGAUGACCAAGGAAGACCUCGCGGCAGCGGCCGUGUACAGAGCCAAGGCGGAGGAGGCGCGCAGGAACCAUGAGCGGAGGGAGCAGCAUGAUGCCGUGACCAAGUGGAUCGCCACGGGAGACCCUGAGGCCGUCGAGCGCUGCAACCAGUGGAUGGAGGAAGACAUUGAGGCCAUGAGGCUCAAGGACAUCGAUCCCACCGAGGAUCUCUCGGACUGGGAGGCCGUCGAAGCCAAGAGGUACCGGGAAUUCUGGGAAUUUCUAUGGGCCGACUCCUUCGGUUCCUGGGAGGACACCACACCUAUCCUGCCCAUGCGUUACACGGACGAGAAGCCUCCGCGCGGUACGGCCUACCCUGUGCGAACUCUGCAGGUCUUUUCGGUCAGAGUUGCAGCCAUCAAAGGUGGAUUGGACUGGCCUCUGGAUGUGUAUGGUAUCGUUGCCGCACGUGACUCGUUGGAUCACAAUCGCAACAUUAUCUUCCACCGCACUAGGGAUAACUGCCAAACCAUCGACAAGAAGAAUCCAUGUCUGAGACUGACAGGUCCAACCCGCGCUGUUGUUGUUGUGGAUCCUGUGUACUUUGAGGUUAACUUGCGAGUAAAGGGCAAAACUGAAUCUGAGGAUAGAGAUUUGAGUUAUGUGGCUGUUUAUUAUCGUGAUUCUGGCACUAGCGAAUCGUACGCGUUUAAAAAUGUCAGCACUAGCAAGCUUAGCACAGUGGCACUGAUGUUGGGUGAUAUUGUUCAUUCAGUGGAGGCCACCAUCAGUGUGAGAGUGGUUUGUGGCGAAUGGCCGGAAGGUUGUAGAGGUCUAAUUUUUGCCAGUACCGCCAGUAUCGACGCCCAGAAAAUUGAGUUGCUUGCGUUCGGAGAUGACAAGUUGCCUGUUGCAGCUAAUGGCAUGAUAAAGCUUUCACGGCGUGUUGUAUCUGUUGAAGCCGAUGGAGAGUUGAGAGUCUGUGUCAUGGCAAGUAGCCUGGAGGAUCAAACUGUUGAGAGAGAUUCAGAAGCAUUCAAAGCCAAGAAAGCCUCCAGGAGCAGGCGUAUACUUGAAGUUCACUCUUGUAAGUUGGAAGUCACCAUCGCAUGGUCUUUUGUCCCGAACUAGCAAAGACUGUCUGGGUUUUGUUGCUGGAUGAUUGUUAUUGCCCUACUGAUGGCCUCUGGUUUAUCUCAAAGUGGUACCUGUGUGUUGGAUGUUAGUUGUAUCCUGGUUAGAUGUGUCUUGACUAGUACAGUACUAUGUAGUGUGGGCAAGCUAAGAUAUUUGACUAUGUAAUGUAGUGUCCUGGUCAAAUUUGUCUUGACUAGUAUGUAAUGUGGGCAAGCCAAGAUAUAUUUGACAUGUAAUGUGGACAAGUUAAGAUAUGUAUUUGACUAUGUAAUGUGGACAAAUUAAGAUAUGCAUUUGACUAUGUAA